AUUACUAUUACGAUGGAAGAAAUUUUUGAAGAACAAAAUAUUGAACAAACCGAUAUUGCGUUUGAUGACGAUGAAGAUGAAGGCGAUCUUGAUAUGAGCGGCGUGAGGCAAGAAGCGUGGAUUGCAAAGUUACCUUUAUUUCUCUUUGAAAAAUGGGCCGACUUAAAUGACGACGAUAUUGAACUUGCGAAGGUUCAAGUUUACUCCGAUCCAUAUGGUGGUCCUGAUCAGUACAAGCUUAUCUUAUCUGAUCACGAAAGACAUGCUGAUAUACCUAAAGAAUAUGAACUUGAUGUUAUAGGACAGCAAGUACAAAAUAACUACUGUUUUUGUGAAGAUCGAAACAUUAAUUCUGUAUCAUUAUCGGCUACUGUAACGGGAAAUUUUAAUAUUAGACCCAGCGUAACUGCUGAUUAUAGCAAGAAAUUACGUGAAAGAACGCUACUGGCUGCAAAACCUGAAAGAACAAUAAGGUUUCUUGAGGAAAACGAAAAUCGUGGUGCUUACGUUCCUCCCGGUGAUCAGUCCGCAGUCAAUAAAUUCAGCAACUUAGUCCCAAAGAAACCGAAAAUUCCGAUGGAACAAAAGACGACACGUAUACCAAAGAACGAGCUCAUAGAUUCACUUUUUGGUGCUUUUGAAAGAUAUGCAUAUUGGACAUUUAAAGGCCUUAAAGAUUAUGUAAAGCAACCGGAGUCUUAUCUCAAAGAGGUGUUGAAUGAAAUUGCAAUUUUGGACAAGAAAGGUCAUUACAACAAUUGUUAUCAUCUAAAACCUGAAUAUAGUCAAAAUAUAUCAGCGGAGACUGUAUCAGUGGCUCCUCAGGGUGUAGAGGCGUCCCUGGAGAACGUGAACAACGAAGAAGAAUAUAGUUUUGAAGCACCUGAAAAUGAUGAAUUUGAGGCAGGGGGGUCAGACGACGAGCUAUCUGAUGAUUAA